AUGUUAGCCUGCCCCCGCGCUAAGCGCACGAAGGACAACUUCCUUUUCGAUGCUAACGGCGCAAUUUCGACCACCCACAAGGUCGCCAUCCGGCAUUCUGCUGAGCAGUUCCACUUGCCCAUUAGAGAGCUCGACGACCAGGAGUCAUUAGAGGUCCUGAGAUAUGUGCAACCCAACGGUGGGGUUUACUCGACCUUUCGCUUCAACUUUGACAACUUCACACGCGGACGUCGCGUGGUUCUGGUGACUGGCCAUCGCUGGGCAUUCAAGCAAGCAACCAAGUGA